AUGUUCUGCUGCAGUACCAAAAAGAAAUAAAAAGAGUAAGUUGUCUCCAUUCAAAGGAAUAAUAAGAUCUUAACAGAAUUCUCAGAAGAAAUAAACGAUGAAGCAAUGACGCUCUACUAAUCAGCCUACUAUCCAAACAUAUCAACAUUGUUUUAAUACCCAGCGGAGCCCAACUCUAUGAGGUAAUUCAUAUGGUAAUAUAGACCUAGAUCUGGUUCGAAUACUAAGACCACAAGAUCUGUUGAGCGUCUGACAAAUGCUCUUCCCUAAUUUGUACCUCGAAAAACUUCAUUCAAUAGUUUUAGAUACAGUAAAACCAAUCAGAAUACAAAAUUUGUUUCCACUAAAAAAGGAUUUACAUUAUUAGUGACCAAUACCAAUCCAUGUUGA